GCCCCACAGAGCCCCACCCGGACGGAUCCGCGUCCCUAUAAAAUAGAAGCAACUCUCUUCCAUCGUUCCAUCUGUUUUUCGUUUGUCACUCCCACGAUUUCUCCUGUCUAUGAAUUUCAGGAACGAGAGAGUUGUCCCCCUCGAUUCAAGGAUGGAUUCACAAGUCUUCACUUUUCAAGAACUUGCACUAGCUACCGCGAAUUUUCGGCCUGAAUUUAUAUUAGGCAGGAGAAAUUCUGAAGUUUUUAAGGGACAACUCGAGAUUGAUGGCCCGUUUGUGGCGAUUAAACGAGUCAAUGGAAACAGAGAAUUCUUGGUUGAGGUUUUGAUGCUAAGCCUUGUUCGCCAUCCGAAUCUGGUCAAUUUGAUUGGCUAUUGUGCCGACGGUGAUCAACGGCUUUUGGUGUAUGAGUACAUGCCUUUGGGAUCUCUGGAAGACCAUUUGUUCGAUGUUGCGCCAGAUCAGAGACCAUUAGACUGGUACACUAGGAUGAAAAUAGCUGUAGGUGUCGCUAAAGGCUUGGAGUAUUUGCAAAUCAAGGUCAACCCGUCUAUUAUUCAUCGGAAUCUGAAACCAUCUGUUGUGUUACUCGAUGAACAAUUCAAUCCAAAACUCUCAGGUUUUGGGCUUGCUAAGUUAGGUCCAAUUGGGAAUAGAUUGCAUGUUUCCGCAAGAGUAGUGGGGACCGACGGCUAUUGUGCUCCAGAGUAUGCAAGCACAGGUCUCCUUACAUCAAUGGCAGAUGUGUACAGCUUUGGAGUUGUUUUGUUAGAGCUAAUCACAGGGAAGAGAGUCAUCGAUACUAUGCGGCCCGCUGACGAACGUUGUCUUCUUACUUGGGCUAACUCCAUUCUCAAAGACCCAAAGAGGUUCCCAGAGUUGGCUGAUCCACUCCUUCGAGGGGAAUUCCCAGAGAGUUGUCUAAAUCAAGCAGUCACCAUUGCCGCCAUGUGUGUCCAAGAGGAAUCCACAGCCCGUCCCUCAAUCACCGAGAUUGUUGCCUCACUUAGCUUGCUUUCAAAUCCAAUCAGCAAUGACGAUUAGAUGUGAAUGAUGGAUACCCAGAUCAAAGGCCCCCCGAGUGCACGGUUCAAAUUCGAUGAAGAAUAGUAGCAAAUCUUGAAGUGGAAGUAUUUUAUGCUAAUAAAUGGUAGGCUCUCUCUUCUGAUUUUCUCCAUAACUACUUGUCCUUUUCUGUGUAUCUGUGAUUUAGUACAAGAGUUGUAUCUUGGGUGGGAGUAGCAUUCUCUUACUAAUGAGCAGCGUUUUCAGGUUUUCUCA